AGAAACAGAGCAGCUGAGCAUCUCUUGACUUUCAUCACAUUCACAGAAACACCUGCGUGUGUGUGUGCGCAUCUCACCUGUGACCGCUGUGUGUGACGCUUCAGACACGGAGAGAAAACACAUUCAAUCAUUCAGAUUCACCGCAGCUAUAAUAAAAUGUCCUCCAGACAAAUGAACCAGAUAGAUUACCUGGAACUGAGUCAAUCGCUACAAAAGAGAAAGACAGAUGGAGAGAGACAGCUCUUUUAAAUGUGAACGUGUCAUCGUGUUUUAUAAAGUCACUGAUCUGGACAUUUACACACCUCGCUCGCGUUGCAUCCGCUGCUGUUUGUUUGAUUUAGUGACUCUGCAUCCCAUUUCACUGCACCAACACACACAUUCACCCUUUACAGCGCGCUUCACAUCAAUCUACACAUGCCAAAUAUAUCAAGUGAACUGCGUUUAAAAACGUCAAAUGCAACAAAAUAGAUGCAUGUGUAUGUGUAACUCACCACAUCAGUUUGUCCGCAGAAGCAGCAGAGAGAACAUGUUUUGUCUGUGAACGUGACGGAAUGAGACUGAUGGAGAUAUGAUUAUAGGGUCUUUCUCCAUCACGUGAUCACGGAUGGAUUAGGAUUAACAGUACAGAUUUACCUCAGAAUACAGACGGGGUCAGAGGUCAUUUACCGUGUGUUCACUAGUAACCCCACCAGAUUUAGUCUUGGAUUAUAGAUUGAGCAAAAACCGAGGUUCCACGAGAAAAAAACUGUCUUGUUAGUGGAUCAGGAUGGAGUGAAUAUUCUUUUGGAACGCUGUGAGGGCUAACGUCAGAUCGAGCCCGGCUGUGAACCUGUGAAGUUCUAUUUCUUUUCUGUGUGUUCUGAAAAAAGAAAUCAUUUCCAUUUCCUAACAUCAAUGUAGGUUAUUGGCAGUAUCUUUUAAUAACAGAUUUAGUUGCUGUAUCUUUAUUUAUUAAGUGUAAAAAACGUCACGUGUCAUUAUUUUUUUCAAAACAUUUGUAUUAACUGGUUUUUUAUUAGAGAACCCGUCACACUGAAUAGACAUUGUACACACCCUUGGCAGGCUUGAAGUACAGCUAUUGCUACCUACACGUGUGAACGAUGAAAUAUCUACAAAUAUCAGCUCGUGAAACAAUACAUGUCUUUAUUGAGCAGAAGUUGAUUUGCUGAGAAUGAGCUUCAUUCACACACGGCUGCUGGGAUUUCUCCUGACAGAUGGGAGUCAAGGUCACACACACACACAUGACUCCUUUGAUUCACAAGUUCAUCUCAGGUCAAAGUAAAUUUGUAUCUUUGUAUUUCAGAUGAGAGAGAAGUGAAAAGCUGUAGGAAAGAAUGAACGCAGGUGUUGGUGUAAAAGGAAUGUCCACGCAGUUUGAAAAUGUAAAAAAGCAACUUUCACUUAUAUUUGUGUAUGAAAUUAAUCUGCAUGUGUGUGUGGCAGAUGCUUUUUCAGAAUAUUCUUGUCUUGACAUGUGUAAAUGUGAUUUACAUUCCUUUCCUGAGGCGUCAUUUAAUAAAGCUUUUCCUUGAUCAUUUCUAGUGCAGUUCAUGGCCUUUAUUGAGCAACGCUCUUCAUUUUCGGUUUGAUGUAUUCAUGUUUUAUUCCACUGUUGUUGACAUUUCUGUUCCUUUCUGAUCUUUCUCUUUAUUUGUCGUCCAUACACCUGCAGAUUUGGUCUUAUCAUCUUUGCUACCAUGUGUCCUUACAAAAUGAAACGAAGAAGAAUUCACUCGUGUUUUCCUCAACGGAGCCUUUAUUCUCUUCAUUUAUCUCAUCUCCAGGUCAACACCCUCCGUUUGCUCGAUGUGAAAACAGUGUAAAGUAUUUCAAGGCCGAGCCUGGCUAACGUAGAUAAAACGCAGCUUUCCCAGGCUGCAACAAACAACAUCCAUUCCUUCUGUCCAGUCAGAGCAUCUUCAUGUUCACGUCGAGUCGAGAGAGCCGAGUUUGCAGACAUGUGCGUGAUGCUGUGUGCCGUGGUGGUUCUUCUGGCCUUUCCUCUCGGGAACAUGUAUGUUUUGCGUCCUGAAUCUGAAGCUCACAGAUGCAGAGAGGAAGUGGAAAUCAGGAAAAUUCUUCUGGAAUCUCUGAACCUUCAGCAGGAGCCGCGUGUCUCUGUGUCUGAGAUGAAACAUCUGCGUGAGCAAUGGAAAGACGCCGUCUCAUCCACAGCAGUUAACUCAACAUUCGCUGAGGAGUCUGGAAACAUGACACAGCAGAAGUGUUGCAAACAUUCUUCACAGAUUUUCAUCAAGGAUUUGGGCUGGGACGGCUGGAUUGUUCAUCCAGAGAUGUUUACCUUCACUCGGUGCAAAGCAUGCUGCCUGAAUCACUGUUCUGAGAACACAAGUUCCUCAACACAGUGCUGUAAGCCCACCGCUCAUGAUAUUCUCCCGUUCGUCUACGUGGAUGACUGGAGCAGUUUGGUGGUGUCUUCUGUGAGCGUGGCCCGUGAGUGUGGCUGUGACCCCGGAGAAGACACGCGGGAGCCUGAGGUCAUGACCCCUUCCUAAAACCCUCCGCCUCUCUCACGGGUCACGCUGACCCGUGCGAACACCAGCAUAGAGCUACUGAAACACAGUUAAAAAAAGCUUUUUAGGUUUUUGGCCUGGCUGAAAACAGGCUUUAUUCAAAUGCCUUGACAUGUUAUAAUUGCUGCUGCUGCGGUUUGGAAGUCAGACAGAAACAUUAUGAAUACAAACUCUUGGCUUUUGUGGGUUUUAAGGGUGUGAUUAAAUAUGAAGUGGAAAAAUACAAUUUUAGUGUUCUCAGAAGAUCUAAAUUCCUCAUCUAAUCCAGUUUUUUUUCUCAGAAAAGCACAAUGAAGCUUCUGUAACGAACUGAUCCAAGCCCAAAUCUCUCUGUUUUUAACUUGAGCAUUUAAUGGUUGAGGUCUGACCUGAUUUCAUUGGCCAGCAACUGUGUGUUGUGACUCCGCCAAAACUUUCCCCAUGCAGUGUAGUUCAGUCCUCUAAACACCAAAUGAAAGAUUCUCGUGGAAAAAUCAUCUGACAUGGAUGAAUUUGCUUUUUAUGUCUGUUUAUUAUGUGGACUUGUUUCUCUGUGGGAUGGUGUGGGAACAUUUUGGCUGCGUUUAAAUAUUUGCAACAUUUUUGCAUUUUGUCAUGAUAUCUUUGUUCACUGAAUCUCUUCUGUUUCAUGUUUCACAAAUCAUUUCUAACCUUAUACGCUGUGUAAAGCAGGAAUUUGAAUGGCCAGCUAACACUUUCACAUGCUUGAUGUUGUUUUUAGUCGUUAUGUUCCACUGUGAUUUUAUAUCAAAUGUAUCAGCAGCAUAACGUUUUAAUAAACGAAGCUUUUG